AUGUCCAGCUCCAAAACAGCAACCCUAACAGUAGAACCUCCACAACCCUCCUCAGCCCCCAUCGAGCUAGGAACCAUCAUCCACGAAGCUCAACCCAGACAAUCUUGUUCCAAUGCCGUCGCAGAUCCAGAAACAGGAGGACAAACAUCCGACCCUCAACCCCCUCUACCCAUCUUCAAGAUCCUAGUCUCCGGAUUCUCCUUCUUCUGCGCCGGCCUGGAUUCAGCAACUCUCGGCCCAUUAGUACCACACAUUCUCGACGCGUUUUCCAUCGGCACAGGUCACAUCGCCAUCAUCUACGCCAGCAUCUUCGCAGGCUGGCUCCUCGCAGCCCUCACAAACCCCUUCCUCGCAGCCCACCUCCACCUCGGCAAGCUCCUCCUCAUCGGCGCCCUCUUCCAAGUCCUUGCCCAAACCCUCCGUCCAUGGGCUCCCUACUCCCUCUUCUUCGCCACCUUCUUUUUCCAGGCCCUGGGCAUGGCCUUCCAGGACACCCACUCCAACACGUACGUCAGCGCUGUCCGGGAUUCCCAUCGCUGGCUGAGCUUCAUCCACGCCAUGUACGCGCUAGGAGGCCUCGUCGGUCCGCUCAUCUCGACGGCUAUUGCUACUGCUGAGGGGGGCCGUGAAGGGGGUUGGAGAAUGGUGUACUACGUGACUCUCGGGACUUGUGCUUUGAAUCUGGUUGCCGUUGCGCUGGCCUUUGGGGAUACCCUCUUCCUCAUGAAAUCACAGUCCGCAGAGGCCCAGCGUGAAGAGAGACGCAACAAGGAGGCGUUACAGGAAGUAGGCCAACUCCUCAAGCUAAAGAACGUCUGGCUCAUGAGCGCCUUUUACUUUUUCCAAUCGGGUGCCUGGUCCACCUCAGGAGGCUGGGUCGUCGAAUACAUCACCCAACGCCGCCACGGCAAACUCUCCCAAGUCGGCUACCUCCCCACCGGCUUCUGGGCCGGCGUCGUCCUCGGCCGCACCCUCCUCGCCGAGCCGACCUUCCGCCUCGGCGAGCAGCGCAUGAUCCUGCUCUACAGCCUCGCCACCCUCGUCCUCCAGCUGCUCUUCUGGCUGCUCCCCAACCUCGUCGCCAGCGCCACCGCCUACGCCCUCAUGGGCUUCUUCUUCGGACCUUACUUUGCCACGGGCAUGAGGGUGUCGGCCAAGAUUAUCCCGAGAAAGGUUCAGUCUACAGGACUGGGCCUCAUCUUUGUUCUGGCACAAGCUGGUGCCGCCAUCUUUCCCUCGUUUACCGGCCUCAUUGCAACCAGUGCUGGUGUUCAGGUUCUGCAGCCAAUUGUUACCGCCUUGAUUGUCGGCGGCGGCGUGUGCUGGUGGCUUCUUCCAGACGUCACUUUAAAGGAAUGA